GCCGCACGUGGUUCUACAGUAAAGUCAGUCAAAAACUCAAAAGCCUUCUUCUUCCUUCUGGUCUCUCUCAGUGCCACUCACCUCAGACAGCAAUUCAACGUUACGACCACGAAACCCUAAAAACCAGCGGCAGAGAAAUGUAUCAAUGUCUUCCUCACUACGUCUGUGGAAAAUUCACUGCAAUGCAGUCCUUCAAGUGGGAUAUGAGAAUUCGUGCCGUUUCGGUGAGUGGAAGUGAUGUGUCCAAUCUCAUUCCAGCAGCACCCAUUUUUCUACCUCAAGGACCUUGGAAUCAGAUUCCUGGAGGAGUUACAGCUGCAGAAGGAUUCAAAGCUGCAGGCAUGUAUGGUGGAUUGCGUGCCAAAGGCGAGAAACCUGAUCUUGCACUCGUCACCUGCGAUGUUGAUGCCACAUCUGCUGGGGCAUUUACUACAAAUGUGGUUGCAGCUGCACCAGUUUUAUACUGUAAAAAUGUUUUGAACAUUUCAAAAACGGCACGUGCAGUUUUGAUAAAUGCUGGUCAAGCCAAUGCUGCCACGGGUGAUGCAGGUUAUCAAGAUGUGAUAGAAUGUAGCAAUGCCUUGGCUAAGCUACUUCAGUUAAAGUCAGAAGAUGUGCUGAUUGAAUCCACUGGUGUGAUUGGUCAAAGGAUAAAAAAGGGGCCACUGCUACAAUCACUCCCAAAACUGGUUAAUUCACUUUCAUCAUCAACUGAGGGGGCAGAUGCUGCAGCAGUGGCAAUAACAACAACCGACCUUGUUAGCAAGAGUGUAGCAAUUGAAUCUCAGGUUGGAGGCAAAACUGUAAGAAUUGGGGGAAUGGCAAAGGGUUCUGGGAUGAUCCACCCAAAUAUGGCUACCUUACUUGGUGUGAUAACAACUGAUGCCCUGGUUAGCAGUGACGUUUGGAGAAAAAUGGUUCAGGUUGCUGUAAACCGAAGCUUCAACCAGAUAACUGUUGAUGGAGAUACCAGUACUAAUGAUACUGUCAUUGCUUUGGCCAGUGGAUUAUCUGGAUCCACCAGAAUAUCUUCCUUGAACAAUCACGAGGCAAUUCAUCUUCAAGCAUGCCUUGAUGUGGUAAUGCAAGGUCUUGCCAAAUCAAUAGCAUGGGAUGGAGAAGGAGCAACAUGCCUGGUUGAGGUCACAGUGUCAGGUGCAGAUAGCGAGGGUGAAGCAGCAAAGAUAGCACGCUCUAUCGCAUCUUCUUCACUUGUAAAGGCCGCAGUAUAUGGCAGAGAUCCAAAUUGGGGUCGCAUUGCUGCUGCUGCAGGCUCUGCAGGAAUCUCCUUUGACCAAACCAAGCUUCAAGUAGUGCUUGGGAACAUUUUGCUCAUGGAGGGUGGGGAGCCACAACCAUUUGACAGGGCUGAAGCUAGUAACUAUCUCAAGAAGGCUGGUGAGACCCAUGGAACCGUUGAAAUUAAUGUGUCUGUAGGUGAUGGACCAGGACGCGGGCAAGCAUGGGGCUGUGAUUUAAGCUAUGAUUAUGUUAAAAUAAAUGCAGAGUACACAACAUAGGAGUACCUUAUUGGGGCACUCUUGAUUUUUCUGUAACCUAAUUCCCACCCUUUAGGGAUGCUAUAAACCUUGAAUCAAACUGCUAAUUAUCCAAUAAAAACCUUGUCCGGUUUGGCCACACUUUGUGGUAUGUAUUGCUUAAA